CAUGAAGCACAUCCCGGUUCUCGAGGACGGGCCGUGGAAGACGGUGUGCGUGAAGGAACUGAACGGCCUCAAGAAGCUCAAGCGGAAAGGCAAGGAGCCGGCGAGGCGCGCGAACGGCUAUAAAACUUUCCGAUUGGACUUGGAAGCGCCGGAGCACGGCGCCACCGCCACCAACGGGCUGCGCGACAGGACCCACAGGCUGCAGCCGGUCGCGGCCCCGGUGCCAGCCCAGCUGGCGCCGGCUGUUCCCUCAGGUGGGGGCGCGGACCCGGCUGGGGAGCGCCGGGGCGCUCGGGCGCCGGAGGUCUCCGACGCGCGGAAGCGCGGCUUCGCCCUGGGCGCAGUGGGGCCGGGACUCCCCACGCCGCCGCCGCCGCCACCGCCGCCGCCGCCGCCGCCUCCGGCACCCCAGGGCCAAGUACCCGGGGGUCCCGAGGCGCAGCCUUUCCGGGAGCCCGGCCUUCGUCCCCGCAUCUUGUUGUGCGCACCGCCUGCACGCCCCACGCCGUCGGCGCCCCCUGCGCCCCCGGAGUCUUCCGUGCGCCCCGCGCCCCCCACGCGCCCCGGGGAAAGUUCUUACUCGUCAAUUUCACACGUAAUUUACAAUAACCACCCGGAUUCCUCCGCGUCGCCUAGGAAACGGCCGGGCGAAGCGACCACCGCUGCCUCGGAGAUCAAAGCCCUGCAGCAGACCCGGAGGCUCCUAGCGAACGCCAGGGAGCGGACGCGGGUGCACACGAUCAGUGCAGCCUUCGAGGCGCUCAGGAAGCAGGUGCCGUGUUACUCCUACGGGCAGAAGCUGUCCAAACUGGCCAUCCUGAGGAUCGCCUGUAACUACAUCCUGUCCCUGGCACGGCUGGCGGACCUCGACUACAGCGCCGACCACAGCAACCUCAGCUUCUCCGAGUGCGUGCAGCGCUGCACCCGCACCCUGCAAGCCGAGGGACGCGCCAAGAAGCGCAAGGAGUGACUGGCCCCAGGCUAGACCAAGGAUGCUGCUGUGCGCCUUCUUUCUGGUCAAGCCUGAGGAGAAGUUGAGCUCUCCAAAUCCAGCCUUGUCUUCUUCUCCAAGAUACCACCAGAUGCUCAGACCACUGCCUCUCAGGGUGGGGCGGGAGUACACCUGCCUCCCUCUCACCCUCCUGUCCCCCCUCGGCCACUCCGGUGACUCCGCACUUUGCCCUCUGCCUGGUGGGGAGGAAGAGAGCAAAGCCUCCCCCUUGCCCAGGGCUGCAGAAAUUCAUUGCCAAAGAUUCCACAGAGACACUGAACAAAUUGUGAGAACACCCCUCAAUGGGAAGCCGCACCAUUGCUCUAUGACUUGUGCUCCUCCUAUUACCAAAGCCAUCCCAAGCCAAAGACGAGUCAGCAGCGAUCCCACUGGAAACUCAUGGAAGGGAUGGAUGUUUGGUGACCAUUGGAAGGGCUCGACCCUCUGACCUGGAACUCUCUUUCUACACUGGGCCCUGAGCCGGCUGGGUACAAGAUAAACUUCCUGGGGGUGAUGAGAGAGGGCUGGGGGCACUUGCAUGGAGUGGGAUAUGAGAUCCUGGCCCUCUUCUCGCCCUCGCACUGGCUGCCUAGGCCUCUGACCCUGAUUCUCAGUGUUCCCUGGGUCCAGGCUCCUUGGUCCCUGAGCAUCAAGGCAAAGGAGGAAGGGAGGAAAGAAGCAAUAUUGUAUUCCACCCCAGGGUCUUGCUCCACCAAGGUCACCUAAAGGGUCUCUGUUGCCCAGCCAGACCAGCCAGCCACGCCUUGCCUGUAACCCUUACUCCUGGCUGGGAAAACAAGAUGGUGCCCUGCACGAAGGCCAGUUAUGCAGCGGGGAGGGGGGUGCAGAGGGGAAGAAGGGACCAGGGGAACGGGCCAGUAAGUUGAGGAGGGGGGAAGGCAUGUUCAAAGCCAAGGCCUGUUCUUCCUUGUGCUCAAAAGGCCAAAGCUGUUCACAUCUGUGCUCAACCAUCUGCUUCAAAUUGAAGUAAAAGCCCCAACAUGUAAAGAAAACA